AUGAAAAGUCCGAAGCGCCGCUGCGGAACCAAGACCUCGGCCGCACACGCGGCCAAAACACCGCCCCGACAAACGAAAGUCUCGGCAAAGAAGUUGAAGAAAGAGAAGAUGCGACAGGAGAAGAUGCAAGCAGCAAGUGCAGCUGCAACGGCUGGAAAGCCGAGGCCGUCUGCCCUGAAGAAGAAGGGCGAACCCCCCGCGGAAAGCAGGGACGCAGAAGCACCCCGAGUAAGCUUUGCCCAGAAGCCUCCGGAGGAGGUCUUUGUGGGCACCCCGCCCAGACCGACCCGAACGCGCAAGGAUGAGCCCAUGAACUCACCGCGGAUGUCUUUGAAUGAAGCCAAAGACAUCCUUGACGAGAUGUGUGCGGCGGAUGCGACCGAAGACGAGUCUCAGGAGCAGGAGUCGAGUGCUGAAGCAAGCGGUUCGGCUGCAUCCGAGGAAGAAGAUCACGAUGAUGAUCUUGAUGACGAUGACAAUGAUGAUGCUGCUGAAGGCAGCGAGGAGGAGGACGAUGAGGACCAGAGUGAGGAGCUCGGCGAAGGGUCUGAAGAGGAGGGGCCCCAGGGAUCUUCUGAGCCAGAGCAGGACGCUUCAGACGAGGCGUCAGGCGAAGGAGAUGGUGACAGCAGCAGUCACGACGACGAGCCGCCGCCGCCGCCGAAGAAAGGAUCCAAGAAAGCGACGCGAGACGAGGUUGCAAGGCAGCCAAAGGCCCCGGAGCCAGCAAAGCGCAAGCACAAGCACAUCGAGAAGGAGACACGAGGCAGGGAAGAGGAAAAGGGUGGCAAAAAGAAAAAGCAGAAGCGAGGCAGCCCGAAGAGAGAGGCUGGACAGGCUGCCCAUGCCCGGUCAAAGGGGCGUGGCAAAGAGAAGAAGCAGAAGCAAGGCAGCCCGGAGAGAGAGGCUCCCAGGCCUUUGAAGAAAAAGGCAAAGGAUCGUGCGCAGCAGGCGGGUCCAAAGGCUUUGCAAGCUGCCGAGCAGAAGCUGACCAUAAACAGUAAUUCACAUCAUACAGAAUACCUACGAUACAAACGAUGGGAGAGAUUCCCAAAAGAGCUGGGGGCACGCAUUCUGGACGAAGACUCUCGGAUGCGGCUCUUUGCCGACUACGUGGAGGCAAAAGGUAAUGUUUCCAAAAUCCUCCUCAUGCACCAACAGCAGCUUGUGGAGCAGCAACGAUCGAAAAUCCGGUAUGGAUUUCGUGGGGAGAAAUGGGUCCGUGAUACACAUGGAGACCUCAAGGGCGAGAAGAUCAUGGCACGAAAGAAAGCCCAAGGGCUGAAGACGAUUGCGGAUCCGGAGUCACCGGAAGACUCUCUGUACUUUGUGUUCGUCGAAAUUAACAUCGAUGACAUUCGCGAUCUUCAGAGGAUUACCAAGUUGGAAAUAACGGGGACGAUAGACGAUGAAAUGUUGAAGGCUUUCACUGAGGCUGGAGGUGUCCUGGACCCGACCAAGCAGCUUGCUCUGGGAACUGGGGUGCCGGCAGACACGAUGGCAAAAGCUUUGCAGACAGCGGGGGGAAUCGCAAGCGCAGCAGGGAAACCCAAGCCGUCGAAGAAGGCCAAUGAUGCGAGCAAGGCAAACAAGGCGGGGUAUCAGAGGAAAUCCAAACCAAACCAAUUCUGA